AUGAACCUCCGUGCCUUCAUCGUCACUGCGAUCGCCUCGCUAGCCGCGGUUAACGCCGACGUCAAGAUGAUCAACCACGACACCGUUCAGCCCGUCGCUCAGCCUGAGCCCACGACGGAUUCCGAGAAGACUGCGGUCAAGUACAAGCCGCAGCUCCACAUCUCGUACGGAUGCCACCCGUACCCUGCGGUUCAGGCCGACGGCUCCGUCAGUGCCGGUCUCAAGUGGUCUGGAUGGGCCAACGGCAAGUGCAAGGGCUCUGGGCUGGGCUCGCAGGUGUACUCGCGCUCGGACUGGUACAAGGGCAAGUGGGCCAUCAUGUACGCCUGGUACUUCCCCAAGGGCCGGCGCAUGGGAGAUGGGUACAACUCCGGCCACCAUCACUACUGGUCGUACGCCAUCGUCUGGAUCGACAAUCCCAACCCGGACAACUCGACCAUCCUCGGUGUGUCCAUGUCGGCCGGUGUCGGCUACCGGAAGGCGUCCCCGCCCAAGUCCAAGUACGUGGUCGACGGCGUGACGGUGAAAUUCGACUCGUACCGAAGCUUCUGGGGCAGCAAGCAGGGCGUGAGGCUUACGACCAAGUCGGGCGACCAGCAGGACCUCAUCACGUGGGAGCAGCUCACGGACGAGGCGCGCACGGCGCUGAGCGACGCCGACUUUGACGUCAACUGGUCGCUGAAGAACGUCGUGAUGCCCCUCAAGGACGACGCGUUGAGGGAGAGACUCGAGAAGGCUUACCCGUUUUAA